AUGAAGAAAGCAGGAGGAGCAGAGAAAAAGAAGGCUCGGCGUUCCUCCGGAGCGAUCCAAAACGGUGCCAACAGAGAUCCCAGCAGCGACACCCCUCCUAGGAAGCAAGCUACAAAGAAGGAUGUGUUUCAGUUGUUCGCUGAGAAGGUGAGAGAAAAUAAGGAUUUGGUAUCUAGGUGGGCUAUCUUACAGGAGACACGUGUGGAAUAUUUUAGAGGAAAAGAUUUUGUCAGUUUUUUGAGAAAUCAUCCUGAGCUUAAAGAUAUACUAGAUUCGGAUAAGAAUCUGGAAACAGAAGAUAUUGCCAAUGUCCUGCUCAGAAAGAAUCUUUUAGUGCGCUGUGAUCGUGUAGUGAAAACUGUUCGACCAGGGAAGAGGAAAUUGUCUACUUGGCCAGCACAUUUAGAGAUAUUCCCUGUAAGUUCUUUCUCAGUACUAACCAAAUACAGAGAAAAGUUUUAUGUUUUUAUUCAGCUACUUUCUCUAAGUGGUUGUUAG